CACGAGCGGGCGCGCGUCUGCGCGCUAGCCUACCGUGAUCUCGACCUCCUCUCAGUCUCAUCCUCACGGGAGCACCGUGCGCGAUGGUCACCGCUGGCCCGUCGACGCCUCAGCGACGAGGUGUCUGGGAGCCUCUUCCGCUCAUUAUAUAUGGCUAUGCAGUGCAUCCGUUGUCGCCAAACCGUCGCGAUACCAAGCUCUCGAGCAGGACCCGGGCAUCCACAUUCACCAGCACAACAGACGCCUCCGGGGACGAACACCUUGUUCACAGAGAUGUCGUCUCGCUGGAGGUCGGGGACAAUGUUUACGCGUUUGAAAAAUAUACGCCAAGGGACAAGGAGAUGGAAGGUGUAUGGUACCGAGGAUACGUUGUGUGCACAUCGCGUCGUCCGCAAGUAGACUGGACGCUGGUGUCCGACCCAUCGUGCUCCGCCCAGAAGGCGGCUGCGAAGGCAGAUGAAUCGCAGCAGGUCUUUAUAGGCGUCUUCCCCGCAUCGCACAUCUUCAUUCGCGACGAGCUCUCGGACGCGGAGGGGCGGUUGUCGGAGCUAGCGACUACACUCCGUGUACAGACAAACGGGCACCAGUCUGACACGUACCCGCAUGCCAACUGGAUCCGGGAGACAAGGGAGAAGGCCAUGACGGCCAUGACAGGCUACCAGACGCCUCGAGAGGACGACGCGCUCUCGCUCAAGGAUGGCAUUUCACGCAAGUCGUUCAAGCUGGUGCCGCCGCCUGAUCAAGCCAACUCUGCGCGUGCACGAUUGCCCGUCUAUCCACCGAGCCUGCGAUCGGCAUCCCCCACCCCGACCGAGUCUCAGGUUAUGAAACCUCUCCCACCACGGCCUUCACUCAAGUCGGGAGACGACACAGCAUCCGGAGCGGACCAGCCUAUCAUCGACGAGAUUGCAUCCGCCCUCCGAGAGUGGUACACACUCAUGUUCCAAUACCUUGCGCGGCGGGACUACAAACUUUUCAUGGUCGUCCGUGAACAUAUCGAGGCGCUUCAUCUCGGGCGCCGACAACUCCUUGCACAGACACUCAGCUCUGAAGAAACCGUCAGCCUGCGGCGAGAGUGCGUUGCGCGACUGGUAGUGGGGAACCUCGUGCAGGGUCUAGACGUCAUUGUACGGCAUCCGACAGGGGGUGGACUGGCGACCGUAGAUGUGGAGGGCGAGAUUGACCCGCGCAGCUGGAUGAGCGCGUUAAGAAUGUAUGCGAUGCAGGUCUCACUCGCGUAUAUGGACGUUUCGCCCUCCACACACCCGUACAAGUCUCCGCACAUGGGCAGGUCACUAGACUACUCCGCGUCGGCCUCUACCCAGGCGCAUUCAGUGUUUCCGGACCAAAUUCGAAGGCAACACCCGCGCAUUGUUGGCGCACUUGGUUCAUCCUUCUCUCCCCCGCCAGUCAAGGCGAGGUUCUACCACGUCUUCCUUGACUUGCGUGCGUUCGUCGCAUCGCUGUGUGCUCCGGGCGAGACAGUCGAGCUAUUCUUCAAUCUUUACAACAAGCACGAAGCACGCUUCGUUUCCGAGGAGUUUUGCGCGGUGUUGAAUCACAACGGUGUCCUGGCGCGGGAUCCUGCCGCCCGUAUCCGCACGCUAUUCACAGACCUGGUCCAGGCUGAUGCGCAGGACCCCAUCUAUCUCGUAUGCAAGAUCGUCCGCAAUGGCUCGUUGAGGAUGGGGAGCAGCAUGGGAGCGAUCCGCGAAGGUGGUCGAAGGCCAUCGGAGACAUCGUUGCGGGAUAGCGUCGUGCCCAAUGGCUUUGGAGAUUCAGGCAGUUCACUGAACGAGCUGCCGACACACUUCAGGCGACCGUUCGGAUGCGCCGUUCUUGAGCUCACGCAGCUGAACGUGAUGGCAGCGGAGCAGAACGGGGUUUCCGCUACUAGGGAGCACACCAUGCCUAUAUACGUCCCAAAAAACGAAGCCACCUUCUCCAUGCUUCACCAGGACGUUUUAGAUGGGAAGAGUAAAGAGUACGAAAAAUCGCCGAGAGCGGAGAUGAUGGUGGUGUCGAUCAAAGUCUUCUAUGGCGACGCCCAAACAAUCGUACGGGAGAACACCUCGCUGUUGCAGGACAUCCCCCUGAGCUUGCGCCUCGGCUUCCCCGACGUGGUAUUCCCUGGAGACGUGAGGAACGAACUUUAUGUCAAACUCUGGAGCGGAGAUUUCUCGUCGCAGACGCUGAACCCUCGCCGCAGCAUCACCAACUUUGCUCGAGGGCAGGUCAAUCCUGUCAGCGGAAACGUUCAAGUCACAAUCGAAGUGAGGAACCAGCACGGCCGGACUUUUGAUAGGGUCAUCUCACAAUGCAGUGGCGAGCCCGAAACGACGCAGUUCAAUUCGAUGGUCUUUUUGCGUACCAGCCAACCGACGUUCGGCGAGCUGGUCAAGGUGAAGCUACCUUUCGAGGGCGCGCAGCAGUGGCACCUUUUCUUCACUUUCCGACAUAGGAGCUCCCGGGACCGUCCCAUAGGAAGAGGAUCCGACGCGCCCGAGCGUCCAUUUGCAUUCGCAUUCCUGCCACUCUUUCCCGAUGGUCGCGCGUUCUUGGAAGAUGGUGCGCACACGCUGGUGCUCUACAGUGCCGACAGGUUGAACCAGGUCAGCGCGGAAAUGUACUUGGCCGCAACUCCAUGGUUGCCCAGUGGCCAGCGGUCAGAGCAAGUCCUCGUACCGGUCGAGAUGCAGAAGAUCGCUCCGCAUCUCAAAGACAGCCUCAUCAUCCGCUCGUCCCUCUGCUCGACGAAGUUCACCCAGAACUCGGUUUUGCUCAGUCUCCUGAACUGGGAGCAAUUGCCAGAUAAGGAGACGUUGUGCACCGUGUUGAGCAAGUUCACGUUCGUCAGUGAAGUCGAGAUCGUCAAGUUCCUUCGGGACAUCUUCGACUCGCUCUUCGCGAUUCUGUCGUCGGUAUAUAACCAAACCGGCGACAUGGACCAUCUCGUUUUCAAUGCUCUGGUGACGGUCUUGGGCAUCAUUCAGGACCGCCGGUUCAGCAACUUCCAACCUGUGCUGGACGUCUACAUCGAGAAGCAUUUCUGCUCGAUCACCGCUUCAUCGCAUAUUGUCCACUCCUUGAAUCGCCUUCUUCAAAACCCGACUGCGAGCGAGACAGCAUCGAGCUUGCGUUCUGCGCUCAAAGUAUGGCACUACAUCUUCAAGUUCAUCGUCCGCUCGAGAGAACUCCAGAAGGCGAAGGUGUUUGAUCUCGAUGGCGGAGGUACAGCCGAACACCUUGAGGCCACAUUCACGCGAGAAGUGCGAUCUCAUCUCUCGGAAGUGAAUCGCAUGAUGUCCACUACGACACCGGCCUCGAUCAUCGGUACCCAAACCAUCGCAUUGCAACAUUUCUCCUCAAUUCUACCGGAGCUGAGCAAGGUCUACAACAUAGUGGAGCUCGUGACCAUAGUGACGCAGUUCGCGAAUGCAGUCGUCUCGAACAAGGGCAAGAUCGUCAUCUGGAAGUUGAUCAUGUACCUCCAGGUCGUGAAGAGCUUCUUAUUCGACAACCCUCAAUCUCGCGCUCUGCUUGUGGAGAACGUUGUUUUCUGGCUGAAGCCUCACUUUGGUCGCUAUGACGAGUAUGUCCAGACACAGCCAGGUGAUUCAGAGAACACCCGCGAGCAAGCCCGUGUUCAGUGGCUGGAAUGUAUCAGGUUGUCCGUGACAGUUGUCGCUGUCAUGCUCGACAAGUGCCUCCAGCAACUCGUCAAUCCGGCGGUUGUCGCUGAUCGUAACCUGCUUAAGCAAGAGCAAGACAACAUCGAGUACUAUUUGCUCACGUUGAUUCCCAGAUUGCUGGACUCGUAUAUCGAGUAUCAGAACCCGUUGUCUCAAAGGGCACUAGAGCGCAGUCGAUCGACCGUGCCGACGUCGUCCAUGUAUCCAGUCACAUUUCCUGAAGCAUAUCCAUUCGCGAUGCUCGCUCAGCUUCCGAAGGGUCCUACUGCAGUAUCCGGGUCGUUCGACAAUCGUCCGGAUUUCAUCCCUGGCCUUGGUGAAGCGGCGAUCGUCCUCUUGGUUCUGGUCCUUAGUGCACCUAUAAAGCAUCUUCUCGGUUUCCUUGAGUCUAUGCUUGAAAUCGAAGGACCCGACAAUUUUGCUGCGUUCCUCUCGAAGUGCUUCAAGGUUGCAGUAUCUAUCAUCAACAACGAUGCGUUCCCCAAGAAUUGGCUGAACAUCAACGUUCUAUCCCACAAGGUGCUAAUCAAGCUCAUGGACCCGAUUGCAACCCUGCUGGAACGCGAAUUCGUUCCGCAUCGCCAGCCAGGUCGCGAGUUCAAUCCGACGUUGUGGAGAGAUGCUUUCCAUGUGUUGCUAAAGAUACUUUCCUCGGAACACUUGGUGAUAGAGGAGUUCAUCCCGCAGAAACGCCGGGCAGUCUGGCGCCUUGCAGGAGACAUCCGUGGUGAAGGCGCAGCGUUGCUUCUCCGAUUGUGGGAGGCUCUCGGAUGGUCUGAGGACGAGAUGGCGAGUGACGUGACGGACAAACCUUUCGUGAACUAUCAGGCUGCCUUGAGUCCUCUCGUGGGCCAAGUCGUCAACCUCUGUCUGAGCCAUCAUGAUAUGCUCCGCAACAACGCAGUCCAUAUACUCUACUGCAUGAUCAUCUCUGAAUACUACGUCUCUGGAAACUUCGAUCAUAUCGAGCACGAGCUGGUCAGCAAGUUGGAUACCCUCUUCAUGUCGGACAGCAAGGGCGAUGACAUUUCGCGGGCGUUCUUCAUCUCCUAUAUCAGAAACCUCUUCGAUAGCUCAGACGUUGAUGAACAAUUACGCGCCCGCGUCACUAGCUUCCUCAGCGAGGUGGACAUGUUCCUCGAGUUGUUACUGAGUGUCCGGGCACUACCGGAGGGUGAGGAGUUCGCCGACGACCGAGUGAUUGCGACGCUACGCCUCAUGAACUUUAUCCGACGGAUCGGACGGGACGAGAUCUACAUCAAAUACGUUCACCAGCUUGUCAAUAUGCAUCUUCAAGCCCAGAACUACGUGGAGGCUGCCCUGACCCUAAAAUUGCACGCCGACCUACAUGACUGGGAUCUGAACUCCUUCGCGCCUCCCAUGGAAGAACUUGGUUUACCCCAGCAAUCACACUUCCAUCGGAAGGAGACGCUCUGUUUGCUCAUUUUGGACUAUCUCGGCAAAGGCAAGGCUUGGGAGAGUGCAAUAGAGAUCUGUCAGGAGCUUGCGAUACAGCAUGCCGAAGUGACGUUCAAUUACGCCCGCCUGGCCGAGAUCUUGCGGCACAAGGCAGCCCUCUUAGAGCACAUUAUCACGGACCAGCGAUACUACUCAGAUUACUUCAGAGUCGCUUUCUAUGGCCACUUCCCUGCUGCUAUUCGCAACAAGCAAUUCGUCUACCGUGGGUACGAGUGGGAGAAGUUCGGGGCGUUCUGUGAACGUAUGCUGAACAAGCAUCCCGGUGUGCAACUCCUCAAAAUGAUCGGUGAUCCUCCUGUCGACAUUCGGUUUGGGACUCAACAAUACAUCCAAUGCACGGCUGUCCAGCCUGAGCCCGAUCGUGAAGCUCCUAUAUUCACCAAUUCUGAUGUUUCGCCGCAAAUUCGGGCAUACUAUGAGCAUAGUGCGAUCAGGGUGUUCAGCUACGACCGCCCAGUAACCAAGACCGCGACAGAUGGCGCUGAAGAGGUCUGGACGGAAAAGACGUUUUUGACCACAGAAGAAAUGUUCCCUACUGUGCUUCGUCGUUCUGAGGUCGUUGGCGCGCAGGUGGUGGAGAUUUCGCCUGUACAGACAGCAUUGCAAGAAGUGGAAGAAAGUACUCGCGAGCUCGCAGGAUUGAAUCUUAGGUUUUCUGCUCUGGCGAAGACCUCUCAAUCGGUCCCAACCAACGUGCUCGCCAUGGCUCUCAACACGGCUGUCGAUGCACCCCUCACGAGCGGGAUCGGUGCAUAUCGACAAGCGUAUCUCACCGGGGAGUACGUUGAUCGUUACCCUGAACGAGCUGAGGAGGUGCAGAAGCUGCGCGAUGCGAUUGAUGAGCAGGUUCGCAUGGUUGACAGUUGCCUUCGACUGCAUGGCCAGCUGUGCGCGCCCGAGAUGGUCUCAUUCCACAGUACUCUCGAGAAGUUCUUCCACAAGAACUUCGGGGAAGAGAUUCAGCGGCUGGGACUCGACCUGAAUGCUCCACCACGCCCCUCGUUGCUGGCCUCCCCGCGCAGUGGCGCACGCCCACUACCGAACCCUCAGGAUCAGUUACGGCCGCAGCUGGGCUUGAUGCCGGUGCAAGUAGGCCCUGCGUACAAUUCUCCAGCACUCUCUCCCUUGUCUUCGCGCUCGGUCAACGACAGCGGCUCUGUAGAACUCCCACAGAACAAGCAGACCCCUCUCCAAAGGCACCUCGCGCACCUGGCUCGGCAUGGAUUCAAUGGCGUUUCUUCUGGCCCUGGAGAUGCCGGAGGCGACAACUUGUCGGAAGAGAGUCCUCGCGACUCCUUCAUAGCCACUGGUGGCAUCCCUAUUACCGGCCUCUCCGGGGCAGCGUCCGUCUCGGCUUCCACGAUGGGCGGCAGCAUGGGAUCGAUCCGCGGUCGACUGUCGAAGUUCUCCAGCCUCAACUUCGCGCGGAGGGACAUGUGAUACCAAACUAUUAUUAUUGUAAUGGGUUUGCGGUACUCGUGCGAUUUUUCAUAAUUUUUCCUGUCAUUUAUACCGUUGUCUCCGAGCUGCUUGAUUUUCGUUCCGAGUGUACGGUAAUCGUAGUCAAUGUUUCGUGUAAUAAUGUAUGGAAGGGUUGUCCAUGUAAGUUGCUCAGCCAGUGAAACUCGUACCACAGAGUUCCCGCAUUUCGCCACGGAUGUGGGAUCUGCCUUGAUCAUGGCUUGCGAACAGAUUAUACACAAGAAAUUUGCAUCCAGUGGACAUUGUGAACGAUGGAAGCCGAUCAUCCCGUGCCUGUUAGCUGUGGCGUACGAGUGGUGUACGUG